AUGAAGGGACAGGCAAUUUUCAUACAGAACGAAUACAGUGAUGAUAACCAGCCGCUGUACCAAGCUGAUUGCGACGAUUAUGGAGGCUUGGGAGUUUCGAGCUCGGAUAUGUCUAGUCCCGAGAUUUUACGAAGCCCGAUUCAAAAAUCCGACUCGAUAUUCUCGCUCGCCGGCGAUCGCGCCAAGAUUUCUGCAUGGGAUGCUGGCUGGAACGUCACAAAUGCGAUCCAAGGAAUGUUUGUUUUAUGCCUCCCAUUUGCGAUCAAACACGGUGGAUACAUGGGGCUUAUCUUAAUUAUUGGAACGGCGGUAAUUUGCAAUUACACAGGCUUAAUUUUGGUGGAUUGUCUUUAUGAAACGGAACCAAAUGGCAGAAGGGUCAGAAUAAGGUCGAGCUACUCCGAUAUCGCGGCCGCGGUCUGGGGAGAAAGAAUAGCGAAUAUUAUCAUCAAUACAUGCAUGGUUACAGAAUGUACGAUGAUUUGUGUGCUCUACAUCGUCGUCGUUGGCGAUCUCACAACGCGCGCGUUCGAAAGUCUUGACGGGAGCACACCUAUUCCGCAUAUGGCUGUAUGUAUAAUUGCCACGCUGAUUCUACUUCCUUGCAUAUUUCUUCGUGAUCUCAAGGAAGUGUCGAGAUUCUCCAUGGGAUGCUCUGUCGCGCAAUUCCUCGUCCUAGGCAUGAUCAUGAUCUACUGCUUCUCAAAGGUUUCGACUUGGCAGUGGAAUGAAAUAAGGUUUAAUUAUUCCGCUCAAGAAUUUCCAGUGUCCGUUGGAGUCAUCGUCUUUUCUUACACUUCUCAGCUCUUUUUGCCGUCUUUGGAAGGCGACAUGGAAAAACGAGGAGAUUUCAAGAAAAUGCUGAAUUUCACUCAUCUUGCCGCAGCGGCUGCUAAAGCAAUUUUCGCCCUGGUCUGCUUUUUGACUUGGGUGGAAAAUACGGAAGAAGAAGUCACAAACAAUCUUCCCCGUGCCCUUCGUUCAAUUGUCAAUUUGAGUCUCGUGAUCAAGGCUCUUCUUUCUUACCCCCUUCCGUUUUUCGCCGCUCUGGAAACGCUAGAAAUCAGUCUUUUUCCAUUAUUUGGAUUUGGCAAGACCUGGUUCACCUUCAAAGCCGAUCGCUCGCUUACUCUACAGAUGUUAAUUGUUCGCCUGGGCUUCAUUUUGGGCACAUUGCUGCUCGCCGUUUGCGUGCCCCAUUUCGACCUUUUGAUGGGCUUGACUGGUUCGCUGACUGGAUCUGCGCUCAGCUUCAUCUUUCCCUGCAUAUUCCAUAUCUCCAUAAAACGACUCAAACUUAGAUAUCAUGAAGUCUUCUUUGAUGUGACGAUAAUCAUGCUCGGAGUCUUCUUCUCGGUGACGGGAUUCUACAACUCUAUCUCGUUACUGGUGCAACAGUAUUUGGACGAUGAUCUGGACAGUGAUCUGAGCUCAACGCUCGCCACUCCGCAAAAAUCUGAGCUGAGCAUUUUUAAUCUAACAGAUAUCUAUCAACCAGACUACUGA